ACUAUACAACUAUAAAUAAACGCCUGAAACUGUCUUUUCCGUAGUCUUCUACUUUAAAAGCAGUGACUCAUGAAACAUGUAGAGCUUAAUUUUUGGAUCUGAAGACCUCUGGUUGUGUUAACGUCACCUUUUCACAACUUGUAUUGUUUGUGUAAAUGUACCGUUUAUGUUUUUUACAACAGUGAUUUUCAGUUAUAGAUUAAUAAAGGAAGUGUGUAGCGGGGCGUGGAGGAGGCCAGUUCUCAGUUGCAGAAGUGAAACGACACGUACUUCAUGAUCAGAACACCACUGUGUUAUUAGUGCAAAAGAGGACGAAAACAGGAGAAAGAGGACGGGUCACGCUGAGCCAUGCUGGCCGAAGGUUUUCUCCGCACGCUUUGCUACAGGGAGGAGAGAAAGGUUGUAUCCACAUCCAAGCGAAAGAAAUUGCAGACAAACCCUUAUUGUGCUGACCCGUUCAACUGUACGCCAUCUGACUUGAGCUGCGCAGACCCGCGGAGGCAUUCAACUGAAGGGCCAAACCAGGAAGAGCUAGACUCCAACCCAGCCCGUGGACUGAAAGUGUUCCCUCAUGAUCAUGUAGGUCUCUUGAUCCCUGGGAGUUCUCCUGCCCUUGCGAUACAUCCUGUCUAUGUAGAAGACUGCAGCCUCCUGGAACAGUAUCCAGACCUGCAGGUGGCUGACUCGGGUCGCAUCUCACACAACGUGCCUCGCAUCAGUGUCAACCAGCCCGAUUAUUUCAUUCAGCCUCCCGUACCCGAAGCUUGCCUUCGCCCAAUAAGUGCAGGCCAGCAGGAGCCACAGGGUGACCCACUUUCAUCGAUACCAGACCAGGGCUAUCUGGUAAUGGGGGACAGCGAGAACAUCAGCCUGGAUCUGCCUGGAUCAGGACUGGAGCCCAUGUCUAACUCGGUGCUGAACGGGCUGCUGGAGAAACAGCUGGAGGAGGUGUACAUGCAGCAUCUGACUGACAACUUGGCUCGAUGCAACUCCCACCUGGAGAACAGCCUCCUGCAGGACCUGGUGCCACUGCCGCAGCCGAGCUGUCUGUCGCAGGGGCCAGACUCUUUGGAGGCAGGUCUGGAGGACUCAGGAAACAGCGGCAAUAAAAUCAGCUAUAUGAACACCCACAACUUGGUGCCCUGCUCAUCCAACUUCAGCUCCCCAUUGCUGAGGAUUUCAGAGAAUCCUCAUCCGUAGUGAAUGUACGGUGUAAUGUAAAAGUAUGAAAUGUAGAGCUCAGCUAUCUCCUUUUGCUUCUGUUUACACAUACCCACACAGAUGAGACUGUGAAAUAAUAAAAAAAAGUGCAAUCCACUAUAUCAGUGCUAUUUUUGUACUAUGCCUUGUUUACCUGCUUAAUGAAAAGAUGCUUCAACUUGUGCUGCUUCCACAUGCCAUCUGCUGUUAGACUGUAGUACUACAUCAUCACAAUGAGUUCACCUGUUUUUCAUUCAAAUACAUUUUACUGACCUUAUAGGUGUAGAUGUAAAAAUGAUGCAAUAUUUAAUGUAUUAAAUUAAGGUAUAAUCUGGAA